AUGAAUGGUAGUAAGGAUAGGAGUAACUUGCCCUGGGUUGAAAAGUAUAGACCUGUUACGUUAGAUGAUGUGUAUGGUCAAAAAGAGAUUGUUGGUACGGUAAGAAAGUUUGUUGAAGAAGGGAAGUUACCUCAUUUGUUAUUCUACGGUCCUCCUGGUACUGGUAAGACAUCUACUAUCAUUGCGCUUGCUAGAGAGAUAUACGGUAAGAAUUAUUCGAAUAUGGUAUUAGAAUUGAACGCGUCUGAUGAUAGAGGUAUUGAUGUUGUGAGGAAUCAAAUCAAAGAAUUUGCAUCCACCAGACAGAUUUUCUCGAAGGGGUUCAAGUUGAUUAUUCUUGAUGAAGCAGAUGCGAUGACGAAUGCCGCACAGAAUGCGUUGAGACGUAUCAUUGAGAAAUAUACAAAGAAUACUAGGUUCUGUAUUUUGGCGAACUAUGCUCAUAAAUUAACUCCGGCGUUAUUGAGUAGAUGUACGAGGUUCAGAUUCCAACCGUUACCAUCUGAUGCGAUAGAGACAAGAAUUGCUAACGUUCUUGUACAUGAGAACUUGAAAUUGAAUGAUACAGCCAAGAGAGCGUUAUUAGACUUAUCGAAAGGUGAUAUGAGACGUGUAUUAAAUGUUUUGCAAGCAAGUAGAGCGACGUUAGACGAUCCUUCCAAUGAAGAAAUCACAGAUGAUAUUAUAUACGAAUGUGUGGGGGCACCAAGACCAGAGGAUUUAGAGACUGUGUUGAAGUCUAUAUUGGAAGAUGAUUGGAGUACAGCAUACUAUACGCUUACGAAAGUGCGUACGAUGAAGGGAUUGGCUUUGAUUGAUCUGAUCGAAGGUAUAGUGAAGAUACUGGAGGAGUACGAAUUGAAGAAUGAGGUGACUAGAAUUGAGUUACUGACUAGAUUGGGUGAUAUUGAGUAUGCGAUUUCUAAAGGUGGUAACGACAAGAUUCAAAGCAGUGCGGUGAUAGGUGCGAUCAAGACCAGUUUCGAGCUGGAAGUAUAG